AUGAUAGAGGCUCAGACCAGGGGUGCGGGGAGGGAGUCCCGGCUGAAGGCCCAGACUGGGGCGGCCCAGGCUGGGGUUGGGGGGCAUAAGUGGGGGGAUGUAGGUUGCCUGCACGGUGAAGGGGGCGUCAGGGAACGCUGCCAAGGGACCCGGGCUGCGAGAGGCGGAACGGUGGGGCUGCUGCCUGCCCCCUCUUCCGGCCCCAGGGCAGCGAUGGGGGAGGCAGAGGCACAGGUGGGAACGGCCGUGGAGCUCAGUGGCCUGCCCCCCAGCGUCCAGGACGAGCUGCUCACGCUCUACUUCGAGAACCGCCGAAGCUCGGGGGGUGGGCCUGUGGCGAGUUGGCAGAGACUCGGCCGCGGGGGCAUCCUCACCUUUGAGGAACCUGCAGAUGCCGCGAGGGUCCUGGCCCAGCCGGAGCACAUUCUCCAGGGGGCUCGGCUGAGCCUGCGGCCAGCCCCACCACGCGCCCCUGCGCGCCUGCUGCUCCAAGGACUGCCUCCUGGCACCGCACCCCAGCUCCUGGAGCAGUACGUUCAAGCUCUGCUUUGUGCCAUCGGGCACCCGGAGCAGCCUUGCCAGGCCCUGGCCAGUCCCCGACCAGAUCGCGCUCUGGUACAACUGCCCAAGCCCCUUUCUGAGGCAGAAGCUGGCGUCCUGGAGGAGCACGCCCGGGCCCUGGGCCUGGAGGGGGCUGAGGUCUCCCUGGCCUGGGUGCCCCAGGCCCGGGCAGUGCGUGUGGUAGGAGGUGGCCCCCCUGCAGACCUGCUGCUUCUGGAGCUGUACCUGGAGAAUGAGCGCCGCAGUGGCGGGGGGCCCCUGGAGGGCAUGCGCAGCCUCCCGGGGCACCUGGGCACCGUGGUCUCCUUUCAGCACUGGCAGGUGGCCGAGAGGGUGCUGCAGCGGGACCACCAGCUGCAGGGCUCAGAGCUGAGCCUUGUCCCCCACUAUGAUGUCCUGGAGCCUGAGGAGCUCACCGAGGAUGCCGGUGGAGGGAGCCGCCCAGGAGAGCUGGGGCCUGGGGCCCCCGAGCAUGUUCUCCAGGAGGCAGGAGGACCAGCAAGGGUACAGAAUCAUGCUGGGGAUGUCACACUGGGCUCUGAGGAGGCGCCAGGGCAGUCAGGAGCCUCUCUGAGCACAGGCCCUCGCUGGGACAGCUCAUUCCUGGCACGUGCUGGGCCAGUCAGGUCAGGGCCCGGGGGGUCUUCAGAAGAGGAGGGGCCGGGGAGCCCGAGGACUGUGGGGUCUCUGGACCCAGUGGAGAUCGCUGUGAGGUCUUCAGAGCAGGUGGCGUCAGUGAGCCUGGGGCCUGCGGGGUCACCGGGGCAGGAGGGCCUGGUGGAGACGGUGCUGGCGAUGGAGCCGGGAGCAAUGCGCUUCAUUCAGCUCUAUCAUGAGGACCUUCUCGCCGGCCUGGGAGAUGUGGCCCUCUUCCCGCUCGAAGGAUCAGAUACGACUGGAUUCCGGCUCUGUGGAGCCCUGGCCCCAUGCCGGGCAGCCGAGGAGUUUCUGCAAAGUCUGUUGGGCAGUGUUAGCUGUCACAUGCUGAGCCUGAAGCACCCAGGCAGUGCCAGGUUCCUGCUGAGCCCAGAGGGGCAGCACCUUCUCCGGGAGCUGGAGGCACAGUUCCAGUGCGUCUUUGGGACAGAGCAUCUGGCUGGGGCCGUCCUGGACACAGACCUGGAAGAGGUGGGCCCCACUGAGGCCCUGCAGGCCCUCCCUGGCCUCUCCUCCACCCCGUGGCCUCCAGAUGAUCCAGACGGUGACCAGGAGAACGCAGGCCUGGAGGAGGUCCAAGAGCUGCUGGCCACCCUGGAGGGCCUGGAUGGGGAAGACUGGCUGCCGCUGGAGCUAGGGGAGGAGGAGCCUGAGGGGCAGCCGGAGGAGAAGGAGGAGGCGACGGCCCCUGGGUCUGGGGAGGGGCCCUCAGCCCCCAGCACCAGAGAGCCUGGGCGGUUGCAGGAGGAGGCUGAGCUGCAGCUGGCGCUCUACCGGUCCCUGCAGCUGCGCGGCCAGGCAGCCGAGCAGGAGGAGGCUGCGCUGCAGCGGGCCCUGGCCCUCUCCCUGAUGGAGCCGCCGUCCCUGAGUGGGGGACAGGAGCUCCUCCGGGGCCAGGGCCCAGAUGGCUGGGCCCAGCUGGAGGUGCACGCUGCUUUCGAGCGGGAUAUGGAUGAGCUGGACCGGGCCCUGGAGGCUGCCUUGGAGGUGCACCUCAGGGAGGAGCUAGUGGGGGCCCCGAGCUGCAUGCUGCCGGCGGAGCUGUGCGCCCGCCUGGAGUGGUGCCACGGCGUGAGUGUUGUCCGGCGCGGUGGCCAUAUCGUCCUCCGUGGCUUUGGGGUCCAGCCUACCCACGCGGCCCGCCACCUGGCAGUGCUGCUGGCUGGCCCCCGGGAUCAGAGCUCGGCCUUUCCCUUGGUCGCUUCCUGCUCCACGUUGCCACAGCAGAGGCCUAAGGAGCCCCUGGGCAGGCUGGAGCGUCUUGCUGAGAGCAGCAGUGAGUUCCAGGCAGUGGUGCAGGCCUUCUGUGACACGCUGGACACGGCCCGUGGCAGGAUCCACGUGGUGCGGGUGGAGCGCAUGCUACACCCGCUGCUGCAGCAGCAGUACGAGCUGCACCGGGAGCGCCUGGAGCAGUGCUGUGAGCGGCAGGCCGAGCAGGUCCUGUACCACGGCACACCUGUGCCCACCGUCCCCGACAUCUGCGCGCAGGGCUUCAACCGCAGCUUCUGCGGCCGCAAUGGUGCGCUCUACGGACAGGGCGUGUACUUCGCCAAGCGCGCCUCCCUGUCGGUGCUGGACCGCUACUCGCCGCCGGAUGCCGAGGGCCACAAGGCAGUGUUCGUGGCACGGGUGCUGACCGGUGACUACGGGCAGGGCCAGCGCGGGCUGCGGGCACCCCCUCCGCGGCCCCCCGGGCACGCGCUCCUGCGCUAUGACAGCGCGGUGGACUGCCUCCACCGGCCCAGCAUCUUCGUCAUCUUCCACGACACCCAGGCGCUGCCCACCCACCUCAUCACUUGCAAGCACAAGUCCCGGUCUCUCCCCGAAGACGCCCCUGCGCUCCUUAGCCUCUCCGCAGCCACCUGACCCUAGAGGCCCCCCUGGCCCUGCCUCCCGCUCCCUAGGCUCCGCGCCCCGCACAGCCCUACCGCCCCGCCUCCUGUCGUGGUGCUGUGUGCCCCCUUGGGGGGGUUUCCCCACCCCGGCUUGGGCCGGGCCGACCACCAGGGGUC